ACGUCAUUGCAGCAAGUGUCAUUAUUUUGUGUGGAAAUGGGUUUAUUUUCAUUGCUAUCGUACAAUCAUUAUUAAGCCAACGAAUUUUUCCACAAAAAUAACAACUUGUUUAGUUUGUAAAUAAUUCCAUAUAGUGCUUUAAUCAAUAAGUGCGCUGCUGCACACAAUACUUACAUUGAAUUCUAACGCAGUCUUUGUGCGCAUAGCGCUUGUGAAACACCGUGAUGUCACGCAACUUAAACAAUCCACCCGUUGGGCAUCGUGAUUAUGGCGCUACAUCGAGUAGCACCAAUGCUAUUAUGCCUGAUGUGAGCUUCUCCGGUUUCAGUCCUACUGAAUUUAUGUCGCUGAGUGAGGAUAUUGGACAAAAUAUCAGCGCAGUAAAUUCAAGCUCACGACAAUUAGAGAAAAUACUCAAAGUAAUUGGUACACGACGGGAGCAGCAGGCUACACGUAACAAGGUGCAUAAUAUACAUGCCGAGGCAAAUACGCGCAUCGAUACGAUCAGUCGUGAUAUACAACGAUUAACGGCGGUGGUUAGGCGUGGUGACAAACAACAGAAGCUGCAAUUGGAGAAGUUGACAAAUGAUUUUCGUAAUGUUGUGGAGAAAUAUUCAUCGGUGCAGAAGCGCAUCACUGCGGCUAUGCGCCAAAGUAUUGAACAGUUGGGCGCUCAACAGGAUGAUCAAGCAGAGGCAGAGCGUGCGGAAUUUCUACAGCAGCAGGCACAGAUAACGGCGGGAUUACAAUUCGAACAGGAUAUGCUGGUGGAUCGCGAACGUCAGCUGCGUCAGAUUGAAGCUGACGUGCUAGACGUGAAUGCGAUAAUGCGCCGCGUCUAUGAUAUUGUACAAACACAGGGUGAACAAGUUGAAAAUAUCGAAAAUAGCGUUGAGAACGCUGCCACAGAAGUGGAAUUGGGACGUGAGGAAUUAGCUAAGGCCUCACAGUAUCGCCGUAGCUAUCGUCGCAAAAUGCUAAUACUUUUAGCCAUCGCUGUGAUAAUAGGUUUAAUUGUGACGGGCAUUAUUGUAGCAAAGCUAACUAGUUAAUUUGUUAUUCUAUAUUGUAUGUACGUGUUUAUAUGUUUAGAUGAUUACAAUACAAUUACAUAGUAUGUGUUAUUGAAAUUUAGUCUCAACGGACUACCUUUUGGCGAACAAAGUGGGCCAACACGCACACAAUUAAUUACGACUAUACGCUUCUACAAGAGACAUGUGGUCAUCUAAUAUUUUAUAUUAAUGUAAAUGUAUGUUUAGUAGUGUUGAUAAUAAUGUGUAAAGAUUAAGGAAACCAUAUGAAAAACAAAUGCUACAAACGAAUGAAAUACAUAAAUAUGUUUAACCAAUAAAUAUAAUACAUAUUCGCUUAAAAAAUCUAUGCUUCGAAA